CCAUGUGUCCCUAUAGCCAAUCUUCUUUCAAAUCUUCUACCUGAGCGUCGAGUUUCGCGUGACCUUUGUUUUCUCAGUACCAGCACUUAGCUUCAAUUUCUAAUUGUUAAAAAAUUGAUUCAGAUGAUGGGCGAAGAAGGUCGUAAAGAAGCAAUGGAGAGUCUAUCUCUUGACGACGAUGAGGACGAUAACAAAUCGACCUCCAAAUCCUACUCUAAUUACCGAAGUGCCAUGACUUCCCUUUCCGAUUCCCACCAUCCUCUUUCCCCGUCAGUCGUCGCUACACCUGCCGAUUCCGAUCCCUUGUUAGCUCCUCCUGAAACUUCCUCUAUUCAACCCCCUUCUCCUUACGCCGACAUCGUUUCCAACCCUCUCGACGCCAGCAUUGUUGAAGAACUUAACGGCAUCCAAAACCCUAACGACGACUCGAGUAACUCGACAAUGCCGGAGAUACCUCCCUCUUUAAACUUGGAGUAUUUGAAUAUCACGGUUUCAGAUCCGCACAAGGAAAUGGAAUCGGGGUCAAUUGUUCCCGGCAGUAAUACUUACGUUACCUACUUAAUCACUACCAAAACCAAUUUACCCGAUUACGUAGGAUCCGAUUUCAGCGUUCGGAGACGGUUCAAAGACGUGGUUACGUUAUCGGAUCGAUUGAGCGAAGGUUACAGAGGGUAUUUCAUUCCUCCGAGGCCAGAUAAGAGUGUAGUGGAGAGUCAAGUGAUGCAAAAGCAAGAGUUCGUGGAGCAGAGAAGAUCGGCACUGGAGAAGUACUUGCAGAAGCUUGCAUCACAUCCGGUGAUCAAGAAGAGUGAUGAAUUGAGAGUGUUUUUGCAGGUGGACGGUAAGCUUCCUUUGCCUACGACCACUGAUGUGGCAUCUAGGGUUUUGGAUGGAGCAGUGAAGUUGCCCAAGCAGUUGUUCGGAGGGGGCUCAGGGGGGAAUGUGAUUGGCCCGCAGGAUGUUGUGCAACCCGCUAAAGGUGGCAGGGAUUUGCUGAGGUUGUUCAAGGAGUUGAAGCAGUCUGUUGCGAAUGAUUGGGGCGGCUCGAAGUCACUUGUGGAGGAGGAGGAUAAGGAUUUCCUGGAAAAGAAAGAGGGGUUGCAAAAUCUUGAGCUGCAACUAAGUAAUGCAUCAAAACAGGCCGAAUUACUCGUGAAAGCUCAGCAAGAUAUGGGGGAGACGAUUGGAGAACUGGGGCUAACAUUUAUUAAGUUGACGAAAUUUGAGAAUGAGCGAGCUACGUUGAACUCUCAGAGAGAACGCGCAGCUGAUAUGAAAAACGUGGCUACUGCGGCUGUUAAAGCUAGCAGAUUGUAUCGGGAGUUGAAUUCACAGACAGUGAAGCAUUUGGAUAUUCUACACGAACACCUGAGUUUAAUGCUGGGCAUACACCAUGCAUUUUCAGACCGGUCAAGUGCUUUAUUGACAGUGCAGACUCUCAUUUCGGAAUUGUCUUCCUUAAAUUCAAAAGCAGAGAAACUUGAAACAACAACUUCUAAGAUAUUUGGAGGUGAUAAAUCAAGAGUUCGAAAGUCGGAAGAGUUAAAAGAUGCCAUUAGGGUCACUGAAGAUGCCAAAAGCUGUGCCAUCAGAGAAUAUGAGCGCAUUAAGGAGAGUAAUCGAAGUGAGAUAGAUAGAAUAAAUAGAGAAAGGCAUGUUGACUUUGUGAAGAUGUUGAAAGGAUUCAUAACUAAUCAGGUGGCUUAUACAGAGAGAAUUGGACAAGAGUGGUCGAAAGUUGCAGAGGAGACCAGUCGUUAUUCAAGAGAGAAUGCAUAAAAUUGUAUUAUAUGAGUGAUAAGCUGCUGACUGGCAAGCAUGAAACCGAAUUGCAGUUCUGUGGAAGGAUGGCUUAUUUCUGGAUUGUAUUCAUGGCCAAAUUGAGGAACCAGUUUAAUUGUAAUUCAAUCUUGGCACCAGUCGCUAUCUCAAUGAACUGGAAAGUGUGCAGUGCUUCCUUGCGGGUGCUUGUCUUGAGCGCGAGUGAUAACCCUUAGAAGUAGCCUGUUGAAACAAAAGCUUGAGAAUAAUAUAUCUUUUCCUUUUGAGGCAUUACGUGCAUUUGCUCCUAUAGUUUUUGGAUGAGCUCAGUAUUCAGAUCCUUGUAUUUACCAGGAUCCUGCUUAAAGUCUUAAGAUUCAAGAGCGAAGUUACAUUUUUGUAUCUGUGUUUAAGGGUUAUAUGUUUUUUGUCUUAUUCCUUUAGUUGUGCAGAUAAUUCUUCGGAAUGGAAAGUGGUAGCCUCUCCCAAUGUUAAAAUCUUGAAUGGAAAAUAUCAAGUUCCUUUCGCAUGGCCAA